AAUGCUUCACUAAGAAGCUUACCAUUCCCUCUCUGUCCCUCACUGACAAUCCUCUUCACUAGAAAACCUCCACUUAGAUCUCCAGAGACAAGCACCUGCUCUACAGAGGGGAAAAAGUAUUUUGUAAGGUGUGCUGGUGAUCCUCUGCAGCCAUGUGUGACCAGACUUUCAUAGCGGCCACUUUUGGCCCCUGCGACAGCUGCAGUAAACCGAGUCCUCUGAUGAACAUCUACAUUAAGAACGAGGCCAUCAACUACUGCUCCCUCUGUGUGGAAAUGAUGGCUUGUCAGGGGCUCCAAAAAGGGGAAACCCUGGAGUCACUGAAGAGGGAGAGCGAGACUCUGAAGAAGAAGCUGGAGGAGGAGCGAAACAAGCUGAACGACGUGGAGUUGCACCAGGUGGCAGAGAAGGUUGAGGUGUUGAGUGCUCUCUCCAUAAAGACCAGACGUGUGCUAAAGGGUCACGGGAACAAGGUGCUGUGUAUGGACUGGUGCAAAGACAAGCGACGCAUGGUCAGCUCAUCACAGGACGGAAAAGUGAUUGUCUGGGAUGCAUUCACUCUUAAUAAGGAGCAUGGAGUUCCCCUGCCGUGCACGUGGGUGCUGGCGUGUGCUUAUGCCCCCUCAGGCUGUGCUAUAGCAUGCGGUGGGCUGGAUAACAAGUGCUCAGUGAUCCCGUUGUCUCUGGACAAAAAUGAGAACUUGGCUGCGAAGAAGAAGUCGGUUGCUAUGCACACCAACUAUGUGUCAGGCUGCUCCUUCACCAACUCUGACAUGCAGCUCCUGACCUCCAGUGGCGAUGGCACAUGUGCAUUGUGGGAUGUGGAGAGCGGGCAGCUGCUGCAGAGUUUCCAUGGUCACACAGCUGAUGUCCUGUCCCUGGACCUCGCCCCAUCUGAGACUGGAAACACUUUUGUCUCUGGGGGCUGUGAUAUGAAGGCCAAUGUGUGGGACAUGCGCUCUGGACAGAACAUUCAAUCUUUCGAGAGCCACGAGUCUGACAUCAACUGCGUGAAGUACUACCCCAGUGGAGAUGCAUUUGCAUCUGCCUCUGAUGAUGCGACGUGCCGUUUCUAUGACUUGAGGGCUGACCGUGAAGUGGCCGUCUACCAGAAGGACAGCAUCAUAUUUGGCGCUUCCACCUGUGACUUCUCUCUGAGCGGCCGUCUGCUCUUCGCUGGCUAUAAUGACUACACUAUCAAUGUAUGGGAUGUUUUGAAGGGCACUCGUGCCACCAUAUUGUUUGGUCACGAGAACCGUGUUAGCAGAGUGAGAGUGUCACCUGAUGGCACAGCGCUCUGUUCAGCUUCCUGGGAUAGCACUUUACGGGUUUGGGCCUAGAGUUUUUAUCGUGGUAGUUUCCAACAAAGGUAUCUACAUUUGGUGGCCAAUAAUCCCAAAGCCCAGCCUGAAAUAUUAGCACUACUUCAGGUGUGUAUUGAAGAAACCUUCAGUCAGCCAAGCCCUGAGACGUCUCUGAAUGAAAAUAUUCAAUAAUAUCUAUAAAGUGGAUAUUUGUUUAAGCAGAAGUUGGUAUUCCCAGUCUUUGUUAUUGUUACCCUGAUGACUAAUGCUAAAUAAAUAUGUUAUUUUUAACAUAGUGUGAAAUAUGUAUUCCUGUAAAGAGCCAAAUAACCAUUAGAAAUCAUCUGCAUGAUCAAACGUAUGUGUCAUACUCCAAACAAUAUUACCGAUUGUCAUGUAAAUAAUGCCCACUGUCACUUUUCUUAAGAAGCUGUAGUUGCAGAUGCUGUUAAAUGUGUUGUGUAUAUUGUCUCUACUUUUUUGGUAUUUUGCUGUAGCUGAUGUCAUGAUUAAACACAAGAAAAGAAA